AUGGCUCGACAGACGCCCAACACAAGUCGAACCAGCACCAUUGACUCGCAGACGUCGGCGCCAUCACCAUCGCAAUUAUACCCAGGUGGAAUGCGAAGCGGUAGUGGCAACUACUUUGCCAGUGUGAACAGCAAUGGUGGGCUUGAACGGCCACCGCCUUCUUCUACACGAACACCAGGACUGGGUAUGACGCCGUCACCGGCGAUGCAGCAAACAGCUGGGCUCGCAACACCCUCAAGUUCAACUCAAGGACUAUCUGGACUGGUCUGUAAUGUACACCGGACUACUGGUCGCGAACCACAUCCUUUAGUAGGUGCAACCACCACAAUUCUUGGCGACAAGCUCUAUGUGUUUGGUGGUCGGAGACUGUCGCGGACACGACCACAGCUCACCUCGGACUUGUACGAGUUGGAUCUCGUCCAACGUCACUGGACAAAGAUCGAGACAAAAGGAGACAUACCGCCUCCACGAUACUUUCACAGUGUUUGUGCGCUGGGUGAGACAAAGCUCGUCUGCUAUGGUGGUAUGUCGCCGGCAACAUCACCAGCAAACCAGUCAACACAAGUGUUGCAAGGUACUCCGGCAGACGCGCAGCCAGAGGUAGUUGUCAUGUCUGAUGUGCACAUCUACGACGCAGCUACUCGGACAUGGAUGCACGUCGGAUCCAACGAUGCGCCUCAAGGCCGGUACGCUCAUUGCGCAACAAUAUUACCAUCCUCCGCGGUUUUCAGCUCCACUGGCGCGGCCAUGACAGCAAUACGGCAUAACCCACCAUCAAGCAACCCCAAUCAAGGGUCAAUAGGAAUAAAUCUUGAAGGCGAUGGUGGCGCUGAGAUGGUGGUGGUUGGCGGCCAAGAUAGCGCAAACCACUACAUCGAGCAGAUCAGUGUCUUCAAUCUGAGGAGCUUGAAGUGGACCACAACCAGUACGCUAGGGAGAAGUUGUGGCGCAUACCGUAGCGUUGUGGCACCCUUAACGAGCAUGCCUGCCAACGAGAUAGGUGCAGGAUCACGUGGCGAGCCAGGAUCGCCAGACGAAUCAACAUCGAAUUCCUCCGGCGAAUCAUCGAUGCUCAUCUACUCAAAUUACAACUUCCUUGACGUCAAACUCGAACUUCAGAUCAGACACCCUGACGGAUCGUUAUCUGAAAAGCCGAUGAAUGGCAACUUUUCACCACCUGGUCUCCGCUUUCCCAACGGCGGAGUGAUCAACAACCAUUUUGUUGUCAGCGGGACCUUCCUCACAUCAUCAAAACAAGAAUACGCAUUGUGGGCAUUAGAUCUACGGACGCUAAGUUGGGGACGGAUAGAAGCUGGUGGCAACAUCUUCAGUCAGGGCAGUUGGAAUAGAGGCGUGCUGUGGACACGACGAAACAGCUUUGUCAUCCUGGGCAACCGCAAGCGAAGUCUUGUCGAAGAUUACAAUCACCGGCGGAUAAACUUUUCAAACAUGUGCGUUGUGGAACUAGAGGCAUUUGGGCUGUACGACAAUCCUCGCAAAGUCACGCCAAGCUCAGCGUUUGGAUCUGUCAGUGCUCCGCCACAGAAUGAUGGCCUUGAUGUAUUGGCCGGCGGUAGGGAACUCUCGCCGUCAGCCAUCGAACUCGGACAGAUCGCACUUGGGAUGCGCGAGCUCGCCGACAUGGAGUUCCUCGCUAUCCACGGUGAACGGAUACCCGUCAACUCGCGCCUUAUCGCUCGACGGUGGGGUCCUUACUUCAACCAACUGAUGCGGGAAAGCACUCAGAAUGCUGAGAAAGAUAGCGCGGAUGCUGCAACUCUGCGCCCAGCGACUGGUGGGCACCCCUCGCGUAUGUCCAGCAUAACCAUCACACCCUCCAUCCGCACUACCUACUCGGCCGCCACCACCCUCACAGCCAACACUAUUACUCCCUCGGAAACAACAGCCGUCUCAAGUACAUUGUACAACUCCCUCUCACCACCAGACCCAACAAUGCAGCCUCCCUUGCAUCGCCCGAGAACACUCUACCUGCCCCACACACACCUCACCCUUCAAGCGCUGAUCCACUAUCUCUACACGUCCUCCCUUCCGCCUCAGAGCAGCCAACUCUGCACCCCGCAGAUCCUGUGCUCGCUGCUACAACUCGCGCGUCCGUACCACAUUGAUGGGCUCCUUGAAGCCAUCAUCGAGCGCCUACACAUCCUACUUGACAACCGCAAUACAGCGGCCGUAUUCAAUGCUGCAGCUAUGGCGGCGGGCGGCGGCAGUGGCGUGGCGUUCAUGGGUGUAAAUAAUUUAUCCAGCACAAAUCUCAACGGCACGAACGGAUCGUCACUCAACACUGAAAGCGAGAGCAGUAUGUCGGCAGGAUUGAGGGCGCUGAAGAUUGAUACAUCCGUCCCGCCUUCGGACGAUGAGGUUAGCUCCGCGGUGUCGGAGGGGACCAGCGCAAGUGCAAGCGAUUCGGGAGAAUACGGAAGUAGCGGGCUUGAUGAGCGGGAGGUGUGGAAUGGAGUUGUGAGUGCAGUCGUCGGGCUACAGAAGAGGGGUCUUAGAGGGUUGAUGGAAGGCAGGCGAAUUCGGGAGAUGGGAAGAGGCGGACGGGAGAGGAGAGAUACCAGUCAGAGAAGAGAUGUCAGCGAGAGUGGGAUGAACGGGGAGGGCAUCUCCUCCUCGACUUCCUCGCGUUCCUUUACCACCUCUCCACCACCGUCCUCUCCGUCAAAACUCGCACUGCCCGCCUUCUCCUUCUUCGCCUUCUUGACCCUCUUCACCGGCUUCCCAGCCGCCUCGUCCUCAGCAGCAGCGCCGCGCUUCUUCCCACCCGCAGUCUUCUCCGACAGUGGGGCCAGACCAGCUUCGACAUUCGCGGCGUGA